CUUCCCCAAAACUUGCAGGGGCGAACGUACCGUACGUUGAGUGGCCGUAACUUACGUAGGCUAUGCUCCACUCCAUAGCCUCCAAAAAAUCAUUCCCCGAGUCCAUUCCCCGAGUUUUAGUGGGUUAAUUUGUUGUUUACUAUGCUAUGCUCUGCUCCAUAGCAUUUACUAUGCUAUGACUCCACUCCAUAGCCUCCAAAAAAUCAUUCUCCGAGUCCAUUCCCCGAGUUUUAGUGGGUUAAUUUGUUGUUUACCCGUCACCCCGUUUGAACACAAUAAAGCUCGGGGAAAAUCGAAAAUGGCGACCCCCGAGUCCGUUCCCCGAGUUUUAGUUAUCCCCACGAUUUAGUGCGGCCCACGUUAUUUGUUUGUCUGUUUAUUUUUCCUAGUGACAAUCAGUGUCGUUGUCGACUGCGUCGAGACUUUUUUUAUAUGAUGUCGUCGGAAAACUUACGUCCGCAAUUGAACAAUAAUUGGGAGAGAUUGUCACAAUUUGGAGUUCGAAGGAGAUUCAUCGAUGAUAACUUUUAUGAGCCAGGCAACAAAUUGUGCCAAAAUGUUCUGGGUAAAAAAUCAAUAAUUAUAUUUGACAAUGAAGAUUUUCUUCAUCCUAAUAUAAAAAAGUUUACAUGCCAUGUUCCUGGGUGUGUGAAAGUAUUUUAUACCUUGGUUAGCUUUGAAGACCACUAUAAUACUAAUCAUCGGUUUGUUUGUGAUACCUGUCAUAAGCGUCUUCCAUCCCCACAUUUAUUGGAUUUGCACAUUUCUGAAAGACAUGAUUCUUACUUUGCAGCCCUUGCAGAAAGGAAACCAAUGUUCCAAUGUUUUGUGGAGAGCUGCAACUUAAGAUUUUCAGCUAAGAAUGAACGACGCUCACACUGCAUAGAAGUGCAUAAAUUCCCCCCUGACUUUCGCUAUGAUUCUUCUAAGAAUGGUGAAAAGAAAAAGAAGUUAGCUGCUAAUACAGAUCCUUCAGUAAUUAAACCCAAGCCAGCCAGUAAAAUGUUUGGGUUUGGGCACAGUUCGAAUCGGGGUAUGUUUCGAAGCCGUGGUCGUGGAGGAUUUCAUUCGGGCAAUAAAAAAUCCCGGAACACAGCUGAAGAUCUGGAGGUGUCAAUGGCGGAUCUGGAAGAAGCUUUACCAUCCAUGGAAUAAAAAUAUAUAAUAAGUAAUAAUGUUAAAUUAAAAUCUUUAAAAAAAAUAAAAUAUGAUCAAAUCUCA